AUGGGUUGUAUAAGCUCAAAUCCAACGCCGACAACAACACAGUCAAAUUUAAAUGUUCCCAGUUUUGCUGUUGUUGCUCAACAAGUAAAACAAACAUGGCCUGAUGUGAAAAAGAUUGAUAGAUUAGCAGCCAAAACGUUUGCUUAUUUAUUAUACAAAUAUCCUGAAUUUCGUGGAUUCUAUCAUAUACCUGAAGCAUACAAAACUGAAGCCGAGUUAUUAAAUGCUAAUGAAAUCAAACAACCAAGUGGAAAUUUUUUUUCAUUAUAUUCGGAUAUAGUUGAAAAUAGUGAUACAAGAUUUGAUGAAGUAAUUCGAGAAAAAGCCGUUGAACUUUAUGGAUUAGGUGUUCGUUCAUUUCAAAUUAAAUAUUAUGGUGAAAGUCUUGUACAUGUUAUUAAACAUGAUCUUAAAGAUGGAUUAAAUGUGGAAGAAAAACAAGUUUGGCAAUUAUUUACUAAACAAGUAUCAGAUCGUUUACUUUCGGAAAUGGCUAAAUUUCCAAGAAAAUCAAUAGUUUAA